AAAUAAAUAAAUAAUAGUAAUUUAAGUAAAAACAUUAAACAAACUCACCAUUUUAAUAGCCUUUUUUUUUUACUAUAAAUAAAAAUAAAAAUAAAAAUAGGCUAAACACUCGAUACAAUGUCAAAAUAUAUGAGGUGCAUGUGAAGGCAGCACACUUUUGGAAGUGUAGACAUGUGUCUGAGAUUAUCAAGGGAUUAUUUUGGAUUGACAUUUCGCAUUGAUACUGCAGAGCAGCUCAACAUGGAUUGUUUAUAUGGUGCGUAAUGGUGCGUAUCAGCAUCAACGUGCACAACAAGCAUGUGCAGCCUGUGUGACCGUGGUGUUGCUGUGCUGCUGCCGAUAGGAGGGACUGUCUCUCUUCUCUUCUGCAGUGUGAUAGUGAGCUGAGCUGCACAGCUGGAGCACGAGCAGAGGGCUGGCACGCGGGUUCCAGCUGCGAGCAGAGAGGACUGGAGAGCUUCUGAUGCAUCACAUCCAAUAUAGAGCAGGAGAGGACUUGUGUGCACUGGUAUAGGGUUAAUGCGCUGUGAAGAAACACACACACACCUGCAGAGACGCGCCUGCAUCAACUCCUCCAGAGUGCGUCUCUUCUGAGGACUUCUUGGGUUUCGAUCAUCGAUGCUGCUGCUGGUGCUGGUGCUGGUGAUGUAACGCUUCUCAUCUCGGUGCUCAACUCCACAAACUGUCAUCACCUCCUCACCCAGAGCAUGGGACCCUUCAAACUCUAAAAAGUGAGAGGCACCAGAGUCGAACCAGAGAGAGAGAGAGAAACGAGGGAACAAACAGAGAGGAAAGGAACGAUGGAGUCCACGAUGACGGAGCAGUCGGCCGCAGUGGACGAGCUGGUGGAAGCGUGCAUCCAAGCCUUCGAUGAGAAGGGCACUUUGAAGGAUGCGUCCGUGGUCCGCAUGUUUCUCAUGAUGCACCCUUGGUACAUCCCUUCAAUCGACAUGGCUAAGAAGCUAGUGUUCAAAUCUCAAGAGGAGAGCUGCACUGCUGAGCGCCGCACACGAAUCUGCCACCUUGUCAAGUACUGGAUCUCUGAGUUUCCAGCAGAGUUCAAUCUGAGCCCGGAGCUGGCCGACCAGAUCAAAGACUUUAAAGACCUCCUGAGCACCGAGGGCAACGAGCGCCAGAGCAAGCUCAUUGACCUCGACAGUGUGCCGUCAUAUAAAUGGAAGCGGCAGGUGACUCAGCGUGUCCCAUCAGUGUCCAAAAAGAGGAAAAUGUCCCUGCUGUUUGACCACCUUGACUCCUGCGAACUGGCUGAACACCUGACCUACCUGGAGUACAAAUCCUUCUGCAAAAUCCUGUUUCAGGACUACCACAGCUUCGUGAUGCACGGCUGCACAGUGGAUAACCCCAUCCUGGAGCGUUUCAUCACGCUUUUCAACAGCGUCUCCCAGUGGAUCCAGCUCAUGGUGCUCAGCAAGCCAACCGCUCCUCAGAGGGCCGCCGUCAUCUCCCACUUCAUCAGAGUGGCACAGAAGCUGCUGCAGUUGCAGAACUUCAACACGCUGAUGGCCGUGGUGGGCGGCCUCAGCAACAGCUCCAUCUCUCGCCUCAAAGACACGCAGACCCACAUCAGCGCGGAGACCAACAAGGUUUUCAACAACCUUAUUGAACUGGUGACGUCAUGCGGGAACUACAGUCAAUACCGCAAGCGCUUCUCCGAGUGCUCGGGCUUCCGAUUCCCCAUCCUCGGCGUGCACCUGAAGGACCUGAUAGCCGUGCACGUGGCGCUGCCAGACUGGGCUGACAAAGAGAAAACACGGGUCAACCUGGCUAAGGCUCAACAGCUGUACGCCAUCCUGCAAGAGCUGGCGCUCAUCCAGACCACGCCGCCUCACGUGGAUGCCAACACAGACCUGCUCAACCUGCUCACGGUGUCUCUGGACCAGUACCACAUGGAGGAGGAGAUCUACCAGAUGUCUCUGCAGAGAGAACCUCGCAAGCCAGCAGCGCAGAACUCCAGCCCCGCCCCCGCGCCUGACCCCAAGCCCACCAUGAUCGAUGACUGGGCUGUGUCGGUGAAGCCCAGCGCCGACCCGACGAUCAUCAAGAAACACAUAGAGAAGAUGGUGGAGUCCGUCUUCAAGAACUUCGACUCGGACGGCGACGGCCACAUCUCCCAGGAUGAGUUUGAAGCCAUCAGGAACAACUUCCCAUACCUCAGCAAGUUUGGAGAACUGGACAAGAACCAAGACGGGAAGAUCAGCAGAGAGGAGAUGAUAGACUACUUCAUGAAAGCCAGCUCUCUGCUUAACUGCAAGAUGGGUUUCAUCCACACGUUUACUGAGGCCACCUACGUCAAGCCCACGUUCUGCGAGCACUGCGCCGGCUUUAUAUGGGGCUUCUACAAGCAAGGCUACAAGUGUAAAGCCUGCGGGGUGAACUGCCACAAGGCCUGCCGAAGCCGCCUGGCAGUCGAGUGCCGGAAGAGGACGAAGAGCAUAAGCCACGAGACGCCGCCGGCUCUCCAGGCCCGAUCCUACAGCUUCCCUCCACCUGCCAACACCCCACCCAGCCUGCAGAACACAGUUAUUGCUGAAGAGGAUAUAGAGUCACUGGAGGAAGGAGUGUUUGAUGUCCACCUAUAACCAGGAGGCUUGAACUAAAGUGUGAUUUUGACGAACAGGCCUGGUGACAGUCUCCAGCUCUCUCUAUUUUAGAGUCCCUGCUAUACGGUUGGUGCGCAACAGGCCAAAUCAGAUCAGCGGCUGUCGGACGGGAGCCAGACACAGAACGAGCUUCAGUAUGUCAGUUUUACAACCCUCAACACUGAUGAGAAAAAUUGCAACUGAACACAAGCCAGGACACCUACAUGCUGCCACGCAGUGGACACAUGCCGCAACAGCAACUCCACCAACUCACAUGAAUGUGACGACCAAUGUGAAUGGAAUGUCUUUGUAUGAUUUCUAUGUAUACUGCAUUUUGAUUCUGUGUUGGCCAAGAGUCUUACUGUAAAACCUACUAUAUAUAUAUAAAUAUAUAUAUUAAAAAAAAAAUCCACAAAAUUGUAUUUUCUUGGUGGAAUGUAAAAGUGAAGUUUAUAAUUUGAGCGCACUUUGCUGCAAAUUGGAAUGGCUGAAUACUUUUUUUUUUUCUUUAAAAACAUAAAAGAGGUGCUGUUAUUAUUGCCAAGAAUGUAAAGCUGCCACCCAGACAGUCCUCUUUGUCUGAGACGCUCUUUUUUUUUAUUGUUUAUCAUCUUGUUUUGAAAUUUCAAACAUUUCAAUGGACCAAUAAUAGGACCAAUUUUGAUGUCAGAUAAAAAUGCUGUUGAUUCGUGGUGCCCGUCUGAAGCAUGAUGACAAAAAGCGACCGUUUUACCAACAAAAGAAGUGACUGUGUGGACAGUUAUAAUUAGGAUGGACUUUGAACAAUGUUUUUGUCAUGUUUACCUGAAUAUCAGUGACUGUCCUGUAGUUAUUGCUGUGGUGUUGUUGUCAGUAUACAGUACUGUCUUGUACCAGUGCACUGAUAGAUGAUCCAUCCUCUUGCAGUACAGUGAAUGUAGCACAAACAGUGAAACGCUGCUGUCAGAUGAAGAUCUCGUUUUAUCCAAUAAAGAUGUUGACGGCACACUGGCUAACUUGCUACUGAUUCCUCAAAACAAAAGAAACUGGAGUAAUGACGCUUUUCAUUUGACAGCAGUGUGUGUAAAUCUUAUAUUAUUUCCCUGAGAAUCUGUUUUGAUGCAAGUUGUAUUUUGCUGUUUUUUAUCCCGCAUGCUUCUCCCUUCACGGCUCUAUUCUCUACGGCCAGACGUCUCCGUUUGCCGAGGACAUUUUUUAAUGUAGCACGCCGAGUUAUCAUUUAUUUUAGGAAACAUGAAGUGUUGAAAUUCCAGACAGAGGAAAUGUUUCUGUUGCUUUGUGCCUGUGGAGAGAUGAAUUCAGACUUUUGAGUGCCAUAUUGUUAAGUGCUGGUUUGUCAUUGAACGAGACUCCUCACGUUGCUGGUAUUUAUUUUUCUGUAUAAAUAUAAGCUAAAUAGCUGCCGGCCCUUCUGUGUCGCUGCCUGACGAGAGAUGUUUGUUGUCAUUCUGUGAAUGAAUCUUUCAGACUGAUGUCAUGCUAUACUCCCUUGUGGUCUCCCGGACGAUUCCCCCAGUAUUAAAUGCAGCAGGCAUCACUCUAAUAUGUGUAUCUGAUUAAG